AUGGUCGCGGGGCGCGUCGCGCGUGCUGGUGGCGCGCGCGCAGCAGGACUCGCCGCUGCUGGGGCAGGGCGUGGAUCCCGUGGCGGCGGGCGCGUCGCGCAACUGCACGCCCGUGUUCAUGAGCGCCGUGCUGCACAAGCUGCUCAAAGUCGACGCUUUCCCCCUCCCGCUCCUAUCUUCCCCCCCUCUAACCUUUGUUCCGCCUUUCCCGCUGUGUCCCCCCCUCCUUCCCCCGGUCGUCCCCGCGUGGCGCCUUUCUUGUUCAUUUCUCCCCGUGCCCGUGUUGCGGUGGCGGCAGAGAAGAGCUACAGCUUCGACGCCGUGGUGCUGCUCAUGAUGUCCUGGGUCGACUCGCGAGCGCCGCUCGUCUGGCGCGCCAUCCGCGGAGUGCGCGACGCGCGCCUAGCGGAGCAGCAGCACCGCGUGGCGGAGUGCGCGCGGCAGUCCGACCGCCUCGUGGGGAACAUGGGCGCAGACGCGGGCGGGGGGCCGAACGGCGCAGCAGGGGACCAAGCGCAGGGGUCGCAGGGGGCGCCCGGGGCGCUGGGGAAGGGUAUUCCGCGAGGGGGCAAUGCGGCGGGAGCACCAUCAGCGGAUGGGUCUAGCCCUGCGUCUGGUGCUGCGCCUGGUGCUGCUGCUGCUGCCAAUGCCUCUGGCUCUAGCAGCAGCGCCACCAACAGCAGCAGCCCAAGCAAUUCCACCACCGCUACCAGCACCACUCCUGCCCGUGUUUCCCGAAUUCUGGCUGUAGCACCUGCACCUGCAUCUGCACCCGCACGCGCUCCCGGUGCAGGUGCUGCUGCUGGUGCUGCCAACGGCACAGCAGGCGCUGGGAACGGCAGCAGGCCGCCUCUCAACGGCAGCGGGCAGCCUGUCAACAGCAGCGGGCCAGGGCAGGGCAGAGCGUGGGAUCAUGCGCCGGGUGGUGGUCCUCACGAUCUGAACGCCUCUGCUGUCGCUGAGCUGUGUGAAAGCGCCGUCACCAAGCCCGUGGCACCCCCGUGCAGCAAGCGGUGUGCGCCGGGGUCGGAGCUGUGCUGUGAUGCCGUGUGGCUGCCGUCCUUCCACGUGCCCAACGUGAAUGCGUACUCACCGACGAGAUUCAGCAGUUCGCGCCUCUCACCAGUCCCACCAUCGUGGGCCGCCAGGUCCGCCUGCAGGGUGAGUGAGAUGAGAUGA